AGUUAUCUCGACGUUCGAGACGUAAUGAAAGAAAACGAUAGACAAUGUAAAGGGUUCGAUGAUAAAAUUUUCGGCUGAUAGUCUCGCGCGACUGCGAGAACAAUUCAUCGUAGAUGUCCAUAGAUUUCGUGAGAGGCGUCGAGGUGCGGCAACAUGCGGUGAAGCCGCGGAUGUAUAGGUUAGGUCACGCAUAAAUCUCGAGGCCCGGCGUGAUCUCCUUCCGCAAGAUUUGAAUACACAAAUAAAUUGCAAUAACGAGAUGCGUUCGACCCAUGUUGCGCUGUACGCUUUCCGAUUGACGCUGAAUCAGGGAGCUAGUCCAGCUUUUUAUAGGGCCAAGAACUUCGAUCGUGGCACGGCGACAUCUGCAAUCUUCCUCGCGACCUUUGGAUUGUCUAUGAGCAUGUUCUCGUUGAAACAAAUGCAGUCGUCGCAUCAGCGUCGUCUGCGAAGACUCUGUUAGAGACGUCCUAUUAGUCAUAAUACAUCAAUAAACAAAAUCAACGGUCAUCUUGAAGAUAUAAAUUCAUCGAUUGUGAAAAUAUGUCUGCGCGACAUCAUAGCGGACGAUGUUAUUUUGAAGUCAGCAUGCGGCAUAUAUUGGGUUGAGCUAUUCUUCGCGUCUAGAGUGAGAGUUUGCGGUUUGUAUCUAUAUUGUAUUAGGUAAUCUACAAUUCCGAAUAAAUUUCGUGGCAUGUUUCUCUAUUAAAACGCAAACAACUUGCAUGUUUGAAGGAUCAUGUCCUCGAUUCGCAGACGCGCAUAUAAGACCGCGUGUUUCAAUUACGUAGAAUUCAGUACUUGGUACAGAUCGGGGUUACAAACGAAAUGGAGUUUUUGUUGAAGACAGUAUCGCUUUCGAGCGAAACGUGUAUGCUUCAUGAAUCGAGUGUAGUAGCUUUUUUCUCUAGAAACGAUAAAAAAAAUAAAGAUAGCUCAUCAUAUGAGAAGAAAGAGAUAUUCUAGUCGUGUGAGCAAACAAGAAAUGAUGCAGCGAAUACAUUUUUACACGAAUUCUUUUCCGAGAAAACUUUUGCUGCCGGUGAUCGAUGUAUCAUAAAAUAGAUUGCUUGUAUUUCUUUGCACCACGAUUUAGCUUAGCUUGUCGAUUGUUCUCGAGAAUAGUUCCUUCUAGUGUACGAUAUAGUCGCAACUACUGAAGUAAUGUUAUUUGAUUUUAUGAUAUAUCAUACGUCAUUGAUAUUAAACAGAAACUAAAGGAAAAAAUCACAUCAAGAAAUAACAUUAUAAUUUACUACUGUGUGCCAUUAAGUAAUGGUUGAUUAAUAAAAAUUAUACUUAGAGAUACAAUUAUAAAUUAGAAUUAAAUUUUCUGUUUGUAUCAUGAAAUCGCUUACCUACAAUCAGCAUGUUCAAAAGCAGAGCAUUUUCUAUAAAUCAGUUCUGAACGAGUUUUCUUUGGAAAGAUAGCAAACUACGUACGAGCUAAAGAGUUUCACUGACCGACGAGUCCGCGAAUCCCCUUAGUUAAGAAGAUUUUAAUGUUAUCACAAUCGAGUCAUAAACUUAAUGUACAAUUCAUCAAUCAAAUAUCAUUGAUAAUGCUCGUCCCGUUUUCGUCACUCCAAAGUCGCACUAAAUUUCUGUUAUUGAAUCUGAAGCACAAAGUGGUUAAUAAUUAUAUUCAAUUUUUGUUAUUGCAUUUUAUUACCGUAGUUGCUCCUCGCAAAUCUCAUCGCAAGAUUGCUUGAAAUUCGAUUUAAAUUCUCCUCUGUGUUUUUGACAAAUUAAAAUAAGAUUUAAAUGAAAUUCUUUCUUGUUAUUCGAUGCUAUUUUUUAUUUUACACGACAAAUACAUUACUGUGCUAUGAUUGCUCUAUAAAACAUAUAUACAUAUAUCUCUCUGUGUCAUUAUUAUACAAAUCUGUAUAUUAGGAUGUAUUGGUACUAUUUCGGAGCAUUUGUAAGAUUGAUCAUUGUUUAUAAUAAAACGUUGGUUCAAUUGGCUAGCACUUAUUUUUAUUAAAGAUUUCUCGUUAAUAAGUGUAAGAUUUACAUUUAAAUCUUACAGCAAGAGAAGGAAGCGAUUACGAGAAAACACAAAAUAUUAUAAAAGAGUAAUCGUAGACAUUGUAGAAUCAGAAUAUAAAAAAAUGAAUAGAGUACUAUUAAACAAUAUUAUCAAAAGGAAAUGUAUUGCGACAUCUGUCCUUUGGUCUUAACAUGUGUACAUUUAUUUAUAAUUAUUAUACAGUCUCAGGCUCGAUAUUCCAUGUCGUACAACGUCUUGCCCAUUCUUUCUCUCUCUCUCUCUCUCUCUCUCUCUCUCUCUCUCGUUUCUCAUAUUUUCAUAAAAA